AUGUCGUCGUCCCCUUCGACGCGAUUUGACGGUAACGAUAUGUAUGGUGUGACAGAGGACGAUAUGCAGAUCCGUCAAGAGGGCGAAUUCCUAGAGCCAUACGCAGAGACAAAGGCCAUGGGCGAAGUAGCUAUGCGAGACGCAUGCUGCGAUGAGUUCAUGACGGUCGCAAUCGCACCGCACCAG